AUGGCCUAUCGCUUGUGUGAUUGGUUAUUCUACGGCCGACAACGCCGUGCAGAGCGUGCACUCGAAUCCAAUGUGUAUCCUCUCAUAAAGUUCUUAGAAAAUAUCCCGCUGGUGGGGACAGGUCUUCACUGGAUUCAGACCCAUCUGAUGAUUCCAGCGCCUUUAGCAACAACACAUGGUCGACACCUGCUAGGUUUCACAUUCUCCACCAGAGUCGAGGCGCUGAUAGUCGUGGGAUUUUGGAUGAUCAGCAUCGUAUUGAGUGUCGUGGGCUAUCGCACUUUUCCCGGAAAUAUCUACUGGCCCGAUGUCCCAAGCCAGAUUCUGCGUUAUUCUGCGGACCGUACUGGGAUCAUGUCUUUUGCAAAUUUGCCCCUUUUAUGGCUCUUUGGGGGACGAAAUAAUAUUUUCUUGUGGGCUACCGGGUGGAGCUUUGCAUCGUUCAAUAUAUUCCAUCGUCAUGUGGCCCGGGUGGCUACUGUACAGGCAAUAGUGCACUCCAUCCUUUAUAUUGUCAUGUUCAUUCAAACGGGCAAAGCUUGGAGGGGGAUGUCCAAGACCUAUGUUCUGUGGGGUAUUUUGGGCACAUUCGUGAUGAUUCUGCUGUUGAUCACCUCAUUGGAUCGGAUUCGCAUUGCGACAUAUGAGCUCUUCUUGAUUGCUCAUGUCGUGCUUUCGGUUCUCACUCUGGUCGGGUGCUUUUACCACACGGUUGUAUUUGAAGGGAACGAAUACUGGAAGUACCUGUGGCCCACGGUAGCUUUAUGGGUCAUUGAUCGCUUCCUUCGAAUAGUCCGGUUGUGUUACUGUAACCUUCACGUGAGUAUUUCAAACAGAAGACUUAUGAAGGUUUCUGUGAGCCGCAUGGUUUACGACGAAACGGCCGACGUGGUGCGGUUGGAGGUCACACCAGGAAUGCCUUCGCUACAACCUUCACCAGGACAGUACUACUUUUUAUACCAGCCAUUUCGGCUUACGGGCUGGGAGAGCCAUCCUUUUACAAUUGGAGCUUGGUCUUACGAAAUAGGGGACCGGACGUCAUUGGUACCGACAUUCGAGGGAAAGCCGAUUAAAUCACUUGAUGUUUCGAAUGUGCCGCUUCUUGCAGGCGAUGAUUCUGACCGAGAUUACCAAGGCAACUCAGAAAGUGGCUCUUCGGGUCAAGAACAAUUGUUGAGGUUGAAAUUGACUUUCUGGGUCCGCCCAUAUGACGGUUGGACCAAACAGUUGCGCCAGCAAUGUCUGAGCUCACCAGCCAAGACAAGCGAAACAACCAUUCUUCUUGAAGGGCCCUAUGGGGAAACAUUUCCACUGUGGAGGUAUGAAUCAGUCUUGAUCAUCGUCGGUGGGACGGGAAUAGCGUCGGCUGUGCCUUAUAUUCAAGAUCAUCUCCGCCGGUCUGUUGAAGACUGGGAGGGAAGCCCCGAAAAUGAGAAAACACGAGUACGAGACAUGGAGCUUGUUUGGACUACUAAACAAGCGGAGUUCAUCCAAGAUGUCUCUCGUCGGGAAUUGAAACACGCCCUCAAACGAGAGGACUUCAGUGCCUCUUUCUACGCUACGCGUGAUUCCACCGCAUCCUCUGAAGAUCCUACCGAUUUUGGAUUCGAUAUUCAGUCAGGUCGACCCCACCUUAAAUCCCUGAUCAUGAGCCGAGCCUGUGAUGCAUGCUCAGCUGGUACUACCCUUGCGAUCCUCGUAUGUGGCCCACCCAGAAUGGCGGACGAAGCACGCGCCGCGACACAUCUUGCGAUGCGACAAGGCUACCGCUCUAUUAAGUUUGUAGAGGAGUCUUUUACGUGGUAGGCAAGGGGCUAUCCGAUAACCUUCAUGAUGGAUAUACGACGCCAUGCAAUAUUGAUGAGCUGUGUGUACUCUGUAGAUAACUUCAAGACUACGCAGUAGAACUUGACCAUUUAUUUGUUAGAUAGCACAGAUAGAAUAUCUUGCCCGUACAGUUGGAUGUUCGGACAGGGCUUUUACGGCUUUAGGUUUCCGGCAAUGGGUUUGGUUUCCGCAGACUUGAGAGGACCACUCAAUUGUGAUUCGACAUACCGACCAGGGGAUGGAGAUGUGGUUGUUGGUGGCUGACAGGGGUGCGUCAUGCACGGUACGGUGCAGGAGACUCCUGCGCCACGCAUGCGACUAUCGAUUUUGAAUCGACGUGUUCAACACUUAAAC